UAUUUAUAUACACACAAUCGGGGAACCCCCUAACAGCCAGACCUAUCUCAACAGUCUACAGGGUUCCUGAUAUCCCAGUCAUAUAACUGUGUUAAAGGAAGACGAAAUAGCGAAUAACUUCAAAGACAAUCCCAUGAGGACAAGAUAGGGCUAGUAAUCAGGAAAGAUGGCAGAAGAACAUGAAGAUAUCACAAAGCUUUGUGAUUUGUUGGACCAAGUUAAAACUCAAAUUAAGAGAGUGGAAAAUGAGCUAGGAUACUGCGAAAACCAUAGAGAGUAUCAUUUUUGGGAGAAGUUGUCAAGUAAAUCCGAAAAAAUGGAAUUAGUGAAAACUUCUUUGGAUGCCCUUAUCUUAAAGACGAAUCCCCAGCAAAGAGAGCGAAGAGGAAGGAUCAAUGCUGAAACGAACAAUGAUAGCGGCUAUAGUUCAGCACCUAUAGAGAGGAGAAACGCCGUGGCUGUAAGAGAAGAAGACAUGCCAGCACCAGAGAGGAAUUCUCUUGAUGCUUCGAUUGGAAAUCGCAGGGCUUCGUCAGGAAGUCAUUGUGCUGAAUGCCUCCAGCAGAUUAAAUCUCCAACUCAAGUUACAGAAGGACAAGUGAGAAUAUCAACUGAAAACGAGGAUCUCUCAGAAUCUCAGAGCUCUGCAUGAUACCAAUGCACAAGGUGGAUGAUUGCCGCACCUGAAAAAA